AAACUCAGCUGGGAGCAGGUCGUUGAUUGGCUGGUUUGGAAUGCGUGACGUCACCGCGGCCGGGCUCUGGGCGUUGGACUCGGGCUGCAUCUUCAUCACUGAAAAUCUUUCUCCGCGGCGGGGAUUUAAUUCUGCACCGAGCUCAAGCUUCAGGCUUCUGACUUUCAUUCCGCACUUUUUCUCUCGCGCUGCAGUUUUAAACACAGCGUUUGUGUUUUUCCCGGAAGGAAGCAGAGCGCUGUAGAGAGCAGAGCGCGCGCGGAGCGGGGAGUCUCUUUGUGUCUGCUCCGGGCUCUUUGUUAGAGAGAGAGAGAGAGAGAGAGAGAGAGAAAGAUGGGAGCGCAGUCAUCUAAAGCGGAGAACCCGGGAGAGGCCGAGGCGCCGGUGGCUUCUCCAGCCAAAGCCAACGGACAGGAGAACGGCCACGUGAAGGUGAACGGGGACGCAGCGGAGGUGAAGGAGGAGGUGAAGGAGGAGGUGAAGGAGGAGGCGCAGGCGAACGGCAGCACUGCAGCUGAAGGAGAGCAGGAGGUGAAGAAGGAGGAGGAGGGCGGAGACAAAGCCGAGGUCCCGCCUGCCGAGAAAGCAGGAGAAGAUGGGGAGAAAGAAAAAGAUGCCGCAAAUGAAUCUGCCGCUCCUGCAACUGCUGAGGACGAGAAACCGUCCACCAGCGAGGAGACUCCGAAGAAGAAGAAGAAGCGCUUCUCCUUCAAAAAGUCCUUCAAGCUGAGUGGCUUCUCCUUCAAGAAAAACAAGAAGGAGACGGGAGAAGCAGGAGAGCAGGAGGAGCAGAAGAAAGAGGAAGAGAAGGAGGAGAAGAAAACAGAGGGAGAGGAGGAGGUGAAGAAAACAGAGGGAGAGGAGGAGGUGAAGAAAGAGGAGGAAGGAGGUGAAGCAGCUGCUGCUGCUGCUGAGGAGACCAAAGUUGAGGAGGAGAAAAAGGAAACAGAGGAAGUGGAGAAAAAGGAAGAAGAGAAAACAGAGGAACCAAAGGUGGAGGAAAAGGUGGAGGAACCAAAGGCAGGAGAGGUGGAGAAAACAGAGGAGAAACCGGAGGAGGAGAAAAAGACAACAGAGGAGGAAGUGAAGAAAGAGGUGGAGGAGGAACCUGCUGUAGUUGCAUCACCCGUCCAGCAGGAGGCACCGAGCAAAGACGAAGCGGAGGAAGUGGCUCCGGCCGAACAGGAAACGGCACCUACUGAGUCUGAAUCUGGAGCGGCGGAGUAACACACACGCAUGCAUGCACGCACACACACACACACAACACACACACACACCACAUACACAACACACACACACACACAACAACACGCACACACCACAUACACAACACACACACAACAACACACACACACAACACAUACACACACACACAGACACACACAGACACACACACACAGACACACAACAACAGCAACAACAACAUGGCAUGUUCUGAUUUGUUUAUGGGUCAGUGAGGCGGAGCUGAGUUUAAUCAGCCAAUCAUAAACAUCAUGUGGUGACAUCACCACUAGCCCUGCACUACUCACAGUCAAAGAAAUGAAAAGAAAGGUUAGUGAUGUCACAUGAUCCUGUUUUAUGAUUGGCUGAUUAAGUUUAACCUAAGCUCCGCCCCUUUUGACCCAGAGACGCUCAAACACACCGCAGCUGUGGAAUCUCCCUCUCUCUCUCUCACACACACACACACACACACACACUCCCUCUCUCUCUUUCUCUGACACACACACACUCCCUCUCUCUCUCACGCACACACACACGCACACACACUCCCUCUCUCUCUGUCUCUCACACACACACACACACACACUCCCUCUCUCUCUCACGCACACACACGCGCACACGCACACACACUCCCUCUCUCUCUGUCUCUCACACACACACACACACACGCACACACACACACUCCCUCUCUCUCUCACGCACACACACGCGCACACACACACACACUCCCUCUCUCUCUCUCUUACACACACACACACACACACACACAGAUUUCAGGACAUUUCCCUGUUUGGAUGUUUUUGUCUACAGCCAGAGACAUUUAAAAUUUGUUUCAUUAAAAUUACUCCUUUCCCUUCUUUAACAAGUGGGCGGGGCUAAUCCUAGUUUUCACAUUAGUAAUAAUCUACCCUUUUUUAAACUCAGUAUUAACUAUUUUAUUUUUUUAUACAAAAAAGUACAGAUUAAAGGACACGCCCAUGGGAGGGGUCUGGGUCGGGAGGUACACGAGGGGGCGGGGCCAACACGAGACGAUGUUCUGUAGUCCUAAAUCAAAGUGACGGAUAAACACUAAAGUAAUUUUUAACUGAAUUUUUUUGAAUCCCAGCUGGUAUUUUUUAGCGCUGAGUCGGUGUGUGUGUGUGUGUGUGUGUGUGUGUGUGUGUGUGUGUGUGUGUGUGUGUGUGUGUGUGUGAGAGAGAGACAUCGGUGGGAAUUAAAAUGUGUAAUUAUGUACAGGAGGGAGGUUUAACUGUGAUUAUUGUACAAAUAAUAACGAGGCAAAUCGAAGCGCACGCAGCUCUUUUACCACCAGGCCUGAUCUUUUUGUAAAAUAAAUGAAAUUUUAAAUUCAUCCUAAAGGGAUUUUUUUAAAACUCGACUCAAGCUGUGACUCUUUUUACUGUGGUUUUAUCUUUUAAAUGAAUCUGUCUGAUGCAAAAAGUAGCAUUUUUUCCUCUCUUUCACUUUUUGCUCUUUUCCACUUUGUAAAUAAGGAGAAGGUUUUUUGACCAGUUUGAGAUGGAAUGUAACUUUUGCUUACGUUUCUGCUCGAGGUGUUCGGGUUCUGUGAGCACACUAAAGCAAAAUAAAUGUUAAAAAAAUUCAACAAGCUGCUGUUUGUCUUUUAAAUGUUUCACACAUCAAGCUGAAAAGCAACACAACAUCGGGGUGUGACGUUAGCCUAGCAUUAGCAUUAUGUUAGCAUACUGUUAGCGUGAGGUUCCUUUUUUAGGACGCUUCAUAGUUACUUUAUUUGAUUUUACAGUAGUGUUAAUAACAGUAGCUAAGUGUUUUUAACUUUAACGUCACUAUAUUUUAAAGCAAAUGGUUUUUACUCAAAGACUCCGACUCGCUUCGAAAAUUCUUAAAAUGUUUAUGAUUAUUAUUUUAUCUUUCUCCACUCGCAUUUUAACGGUUUAUAUUAAGACGAAAAUGUAUAAAAUAGCCGCAUAAAAUAAUUAGAUAAACAUCGUUAUACGCUGCUACCUGGAUUUUAGUAAAAUCUCCACAGCGUUGUAACCUGCACAUCAUCACUGCAGAAUUAAAUCAAUUUAAAAUGUUUAUUUUUUUUUUAAUCUCCUCAAAUUACUGUGUUGCAGCCAUGCUUUUAAAAAAUCCUGUCAGCUAGCUGUCGUGUUAGCGUCCUCUGAGGGGUGCUUUUACUUUUACUCAACUGCAACACUGCGAUAUAAGAUGAGAGUUAUCAGAUCUAAUGUCUAUAAUGAUGUAAUUAUACAGUUUUAAUGUAAUUUAAUGAUGUAAUUUAUUCAGUUCACAUGUAGAUUAAUGCGAAUGCUAACGUUCAGCGCUGCAGGUGACCUGAGAGUAAUGCUGAGAAAAUCACAGGGGUUUCUAGAGCUUUCUCUCCACACACACACACACACACACACACACACACAGAUGAUGUCAUACACCUUCAUUAUCAGAUUCACACUGAACCCCGCCUCACACACACACACAGUGUGGUGUUGUGUCCGUUAAACUGUAAGCGGAGAAGGAAAGAUCCGGUUUCUCAACUGAAAGGAAAAUGCAAAUCUGUGUGUGAGAGAGAGAGAGAGUGUGUGUGUGUGAGUGAGUGAGAGAGAGAGUAUGAGUGUGUGUGUGAGUGAGUGAGUGAGUGAGAGAGAGAGUGUGUGUGUGUGUGAGUGUGUGAGAGUGAGUGAGAGAGAGUGUGUGUGAGUGUGUGAGGGGGAGAGAGUGUGUGUGUGUGAGAGUGUGUGUGUUUGAGUGAGUGAGUGAGUGUGUGAGUGAGAGAGAGAGUGUGUGUGAGUGUGAGUGAGUGAGUGAGAGUGUGUGUGUGUGAGUGAGUGAGUGAGAGAGAGUGUGUGUGUGUGUGAGAGUGAGUGAGUGAGAGUGUGUGUGUGUGAGUGAGAGAGUGAGAGAGAGUGAGUGUGUGUGUGAGUGAGUGAGAGAGAGUGUGUGAGAGAGUGAGUGAGUGUGUGUGAGUGUGUGUGUGUGAGUGAGUGAGUGAGAGAGUGUGUGUGAGAGAGUGAGUGAGUGAGAGUGUGUGUGUGUGAGUGAGUGAGUGAGAGAGAGUGUGUGAGUGUCUGAGAGUGAGAGAGAGAGUGUGUGUGUGUGAGAGAGUGUGUGUGAGUGAGUGAGUGUGUGUGUGUGUGUGUGUGAGAGAGUGAGAGAGAGAAUGUGUGUGUGUGAGAGAGUGAGAGAGAGAAUGUGUGUGUGUGUGUGUGUGUGUAUGAGUGUGUGUGUGUGUGUGCGUGUCCUUCACUACCUCUACAUCCACACAUUACCCCCCAGCAGUAGUCCACUCCUGAGCUUAUAUCAGUUGUAUUUCUGGAACUCUUUCUAUCUUUCGCUUUGUUCUGAGUGAAGUUCAGCAUCGCUAUAGCGACGUGUUAAUGCUGCUUUACAUCCCAUAAUAACCACACACACACAAACGCACACAGAAAAGUAUAAAACAGCUUUAAUAUCAGAGUUUAACAAAAAUAUGACAUCAUCGAUCAGCAUGUGUGUCAACAUGACAUCACACACACACACACUUUCUACAAAAAAAAAAAAAAAAAAAAGAAAAGAAAGAAAAAGAAA